AUGUUGCGGUGGUCAACUGGUCAGUACACAAGGCACUUUGUGCAUGCCAAUGAACUUCAAUCCUUGAAGUUGCUCGAACUGUGGCUCGAACUGCCAGUCCUCGAAUUGCGGCUCGAAUUGCCAGUCCUCGAACUGCGGCUCGAACUGCCAAUCUGGAUGUCAGAAUGGCAACUGUUGCACAAUACGGUCUCCUUCAUGUUGUCAACCGCAGUCGUUAUGCUGCAAUUCCAUAGUGCAGUCAUGUUGCAGGCCGCAACAACAACAAUGUUGCAAUGCCCAGAUCGAUUGGACGGUCGCUUGGUCUCUGCGGGUAGGAAGUUCGCUAAGAGAUUCGCUAUGAAUUUAUGGUCGCUCACCAUCUGA